AUGAGCCUCAAGUGCCUCAUCUGCCGAGGCGGGCAUCGGACGAACUCAGACCUUGAUUACCGAUGCGCCGAAGAGUUCAGGUGUUGUGAUAAGCUAAUCAGAAUGACGGUCGAGAGGACUUGGUCUAGCCCAUUGACCCCACCACCUUAUGAUCAGGUCAGGGGCGCGCCCCCGAAGAGCGCGAAGGGCCGGCACCACCGGCUGCACAGCUCCGGGCCCCUGGCUUUCGGCGGGAGCCGGGGUGCGGGGCCUGCAGGGGAACCGAGGCUGGUCCGGAGCUGGGGGAUGAGGAGGGAUUGGAGCUUCGAGAACUUGGGACAGUGGAGGGACGGGAAGAGGCGAGACGAGACCGUGCUUCAAUAA